AUGACGAAAUCAGCUCUGUUUAGAAACCACGAAAUGCUUAAGAAUACCGAGGGAGAUCAGAAUCAAGAGGGUAUCACACGUAAAAUAGCAAUUGAUAAGGCGGUUGAGAGAUUCCAUUGGUAUCCUAUGAAACGAUUCAACAAUCAAAGCAUGAAUAAAGAGACUUGGUGUUUACAAAAAGUACAGAGAGCGUUCCAGGGAAGUACGCCAGAAGGGCUUCUUGAAUUAGUCAAGAGGAAUUAUUCUCGCUUAUUUGUACUAACAGGACAAGGAAAGCUUAGUAGUAGAGUUGAGGAUAGGGACUUCAGAGUCAAACCUGUGAAAAUCGUGCCAGUGGGGUACGAAUACGAGGCGAUUAGGCACUACAUUGAUGUUCUCACAGCUAACACAGCUGCCAUGAAUCAAGCUAUCUGCUUGGGGUUUCAAAUUUGGAUAGCACACGAGAAUGGUCCCCCCCAGACGAUCAAGCUCGCCGAAGAACUGUGCGAGGAUCUAAGUCAUAGUCUCAUGCAUGCCGCCGGGAGCACACUCAAAACAGGUGGGGCCAGCACCUCGGGGUGUGGUACCAGCGCAGAGUCGAACGAGACGGGAACCUUCGACCCCUUGGGAAUAAGAGCAAGAGAGGAAACCCACAAACUAGUACUACGGAAACUAGUGAUUUCCUGCCUCGCAGUUUUUCUAUUGAGCAUUGUAUCCUAUAUAACCGUCGGCGGAACAGAACUAUGCCUACAAUUUAUGGAGGGAAGGUUUAAAGAAUAA